CGCUGCAGUGAGAAACAUAGCCCGAUGAAGAGAAACGAAAGCCUAAUUUUUGCUCAGAGAUGAAAAGCUCUUUAUUCAAACACUGAGCUGUGGGAAUUCACUCUGUGCCGGCAUGUAUUUUGGUAAUAUCUACCACGGUCCCCUGCCACCUCUGGCUCAUCACACGCUGGGCAGAACCCAGCCCUCCCCAGAUCCCAAGGCUCUUUUCCCCCUCCAUCUGCUGCCUGGAUUCGCCAAUCAGAUGGAUCAACCUAGCUUUGGGUUAACAUCUCCCCUGAAGAGGAAACCCAGCUCCUGUGGUGUUUGUCGAGUGAGAUUCACCCCUGAGGCUGAAGCAUCCUUUAACUACAGUGGCACAAGGCAUGAGAAAAAUCUCAAAGCUGUGGACUCCUCAGAUUCAAAGAUCAAGACCUCUGAACUAGUCGUCAAGGAAACCACAUCGCAAAUCUUCUCGUCAUCCUGCUUGCAGCCCUCUGGCUCUGACACGACAUCAGAAGAGCCCUCAGCCCCAAACUCCUCUUCAGACACAUCGUUGAGUACUGGUCUCCCUGAGACAUCGAAAGAGCCCACCAACCACUCCCUGCCAGCCAGUCCGAGGACAGCUGAGAAAGAUGGAGAAGCAGAGACUCCAGAUAGAGAGACAGAGGAGGAGAAAGCAAAACGCCUUCUCUACUGCUCCCUCUGCAAGGUGGCUGUGAAUUCUGCCUCUCAGCUACAGGCUCACAAUAGCGGUACCAAGCACAAAACCAUGCUGGAGGCUAGAAGCGGUGAUGGAGCCAUUAAGUCAUUUCCCAGGAUAGGGGUCAAAGCUAAGAUGGUUGCUCCAUCUGAGCCACCAACUGGACUGCAGAACAAAACAUUUCAUUGUGAGAUAUGCGAUGUGCAUGUGAACUCUGAGACUCAGCUCAAACAGCAUAUCAGCAGCAGAAGACACAAGGAUAGAGCAGCAGGUAAACCAGCCAAGCCGAAGUUCAGCCCCUACACUCCCACCCAGAGGCUUCAAAGUCUCCAGGCUAUAAGACUUACUCUGCGAAAGAACCAAGACUUGAGCAAACCUAUGGCCUCCUUCCUUCUUCAUCGUCAACUGUCCAUCGCUGCUGCUUCCAUUCCUCCGUUGUCGACCUUCCCUCUCCAGAGUGCCACACACUCAGGCCCCGCCUUGCUUCAUGGUCAGCCCCUCCCACAGACUAUGUUUCAUCCAGCCUCUGGAGCCAUCUGUUCUCCACACACAUCGAUUCUGUUUUCCCCCUUCUGACUCCAUCAAGACCCAGAUCUGGAAAAUGAUCUGACCUAAGACAUUACUUCCUAUUCCCAACAAAUCAGCAGACUGUCAUGGAUCGCAAAGCUGAGUGGUUGAAGGCACUGGGGUCAUGAGAUAUGUUGCACAGUGUUGACAUAAAAAAAGAAAAAUGGUGAAAAAAAAAAAGGUAAAUCUAGAGACUCUAAGUUUGUUCAGGUGCUAUGUAGCUGUCAUAAGUCUGCAGCUGGUGGAACAAAACACAUCAAGGCUAUUAUGGGAUAUAAAAUCCCUUACAGGUAUGUACAAAUGCUGAGCAUUUUAGUUUAAUUCAUGUCAUUAUUCCAUUCAAAUUCUUUUUUUUUUAUCAUAUACAUUUAAGCUUAAAAAGAGGAAAUAUUUCUGCAUGGUUACAGGUUACUCUUUGGUAAGCAUAUCAGCUAUUUAAAAACUAGCAGUUUUUGUAUGAUCUGAAAAAAAAAAUUCUGAAAUGACUCGCUCAGUCUAACCUUCAAAUGUUGUU